CAGUAAAGUAAAGUUAAACGAUAAGGAUGCCCCCAAUUUGCACGACUUUUCGUCGAAGAGUUGGUGAAGUUUGAAGUUUUCACAAGGUGAUCGUGAGGUUCGUUUCGUUUAUGUAAUCUUUCCUGGGUUUGGGAUCCAAUUAGACUUUUGCGUUCACACUAUUCCUCUCCGUCCGAAGAAAAGUAAUCAAGGGUUUGAUUGUUGUGAUAAAAUUGGUGUCCUUCUGUUGUUACUGUUCCAGACUUCAAUUUUUGAGAAAUUAUGUCUUACCCAGUGGAUGUCGAGGAGUCGCCGGAGAUCUCAUCGGUCGGAGACUAUAAUACUCCAUUACUGUUUGGGCAAUCGAGGGCUUCAGACCGGCCCUUCGGCGAUUGUUCAGAUGCAUCACAAGAAAAGGAGGUUGGGGAGAUCGAUAAGUUUUACUCUCCUAUAUCUCAUUUCGAUGCAUAUGUUUUGGAAACAAUAAACAUGGAUUGGUGGACCUCGAUGAUCAAGGAAUUACGGGCGAUUUCAAGGCUUUGGCAGCGUACUGUGCAUUCUCCGACAAACUUUGGUGACUGUAAACAAAGCAAGGCUGAGAAAAAAGCUCACAAGUGCUCCUCCCGGAAUAACGCAAUUCUUGAUACUUAUCGUCAAAAGAGAGUAGUAGUAAAUAGCGCGAUUGGCAUUUUAUCUGAAAUGAAGGAUGGAUUUGAAUGUGAAGAGGAGAUAAAAUAUUAUGGCUACACUCCAGUGCAUGUGGCAGCCAGCAAUGGAGAUCUAGAGACCCUGAGAACCCUAAUAGAGACUAAUAAAAACGAAUGUCUUCGACGGGACAAGCAUGGCGGAACACCUCUCCACGCGGCGGCGAGGAGAGGCAGAGUGGAGGCCUUGAAGGUAAUUCUCGAAGCAUGCCCUGAGAAAGUGAAAAUGGUCACUGUACCAGGGGAGAACUGUCUUCACACCGCGGUUUUGUAUAAUCAAGUUGGAGCAGUCAGGUUCUUGGUGGAAUGGAUUCAGAGAAAUAGAGACUACGCCCAUCUCAUUAACGGGAAGGAUUACGAUGGAAAGACGCCUCUGCAUCUGGCCACUUCAAGAAAACAAAUCCAGACAUUAAAAGUUUUACUCACCUGCAAUCAAAGUACUAGUGAACUGGUAGAUGUGAAUGCCAUGAGUUGUGGCGGUUUUACUGCUCUGGACAUCCUAGAUGUUCUAGAGUAUUCUCAGAGUAUUGAUGUAGAAGUUUACAAUAUCCUUCAUCAAGCUGGAGCCUUGAGAGCCCGAGAUCUUGCCAAUCGUGAUACCAACCAGUACGCUGCUCAGGAUGACAAAAGGAAGGGGUUCAAGACAACAGAUAAAAGCAGUAUUUUGCCUUACAUAAGAGUGGCAAAUCAUCAUAUGUUGUUGCUGAUGGCCACCAUGGUUACAACAAUUACCUACCAAGCAGCACUUCAUUCCCCCGAUGGCACAUUUAAAGCGCACUACUCAUAUAACUACACUUCAAAUGGCAGCACCCUUCCACUGAAGAAACAAGAAUCGAUCAUAACACAAUCAUUCCUGUUGUUCAAUUCCAUAGGGUUUGUUGGGUCGUUGGCUGUGGUUAUCUUUCUCCUACAUGAAUUCCCAUUAAAACCAUGGCCACAGAUCACGGUGUCGAUGCUGUUUGGAUCCUACAUGUGCUGCAUAAUGUCGAUCUCGCCCAAUGAAGCCUGGUUUCUGCUCUUUUUUGCAAUUCCCUUUUUAUUGUUGGCAGCAGCAGGGAAGCUCAUUGGCCUUGGACGACAAAAGGCUUUUGAAUGAUCCUGAUUUCCGAAUGCAUGGAUAAGUUCGGCAAGUGAAGUGUUCUUUGUGUAAUCGAUAUCUGUAUGGGAGAGCCUCAUUUGGGUUUCACAUAUGUAGCCUUGGAAAUGUGUUGGCUUUUACUAAAAGGUUGCAUCGUUUUUUUCGGUUUGAAAAAAAAAAAGGCUUCUAAAAUUAUGAAUUAUCAUAAUUUUAGUUAUGGGUGUGUUUUCAUCCUAUUGUAAUCGGAUUGUGUUUUCAGUUAUGGGUGUAUUAUCUUCAUUGAUUCCAGUGGUACCAUGUUCAACUCUCUGAUUAUCUAUAUGACCGUCCGGUGAAAUGACGACCGUCUCAUCUCCCAGUAACAAAAUGUUUAUUACCCGCUCAAGCUAGACCGCUAGUUU